AUGUACUCCUCACUUCCCUCAAAUGAGUCACCAUCACCGUUACAGACGAACGACGGAUUCGUCACUCGUAUUCAUACUACUACUACACCGGCCAAAUUUGAAAUAGUGGAAAAUGUAGGAACUGAGGUGACAAGGAGAACAUCGAAGACAGGAUUCCGGCAAUUCGCUAUCCGUCUCGGCUUGGCUCUUGUAAUCAUGGCCAUCCUAUUAACCCUACUUCUGAUAUUCGCAUCUCCUGCGGCUAGAGCGGAGGAAUUUGUGUGGCCAGCCCCCUCAGACGCUAUUGAGAGGAAGUUCGAGAAAGCCGCCUUGACUUCGGAUAAUGCAGCAUGUUCGAAAAUUGGAGGUGAAAUUCUGAGAAAGGGAGGCAACUCUAUUGACGCCUCUAUUGCAUCCAUGUUCUGUCUUGGAGUGGUCAACCCACAGAGCUCUGGAAUUGGAGGAGGCUUCCUCAUGACUUACUUUGAUGAAAAAUCUGGAAACUGCUACUCCAUUGAUGCUAGAGAAACCGCGCCAGCUUCAGCUCAUAGAGACAUGUUCUUGAAUGAUAGUGAUGGGUCCAAAUACGGGUUCAAGGCUGCAGGAACUCCUGGAGAGAUCGCAGGGUACUGGCAUGUAUUUAAAAAGUUCGGAAGUGGGAAAGUGUCAUGGAAGGAGUUGGUACAACCAGCAGUGAAAUUGGCAAGAGACGGACACCCAGUGUCACCGUACUUGGCUACAGUAAUGAAAGUCAAGGAGAGACACUUUAGAUUGUUCCCAAGUGUUAAACACUGGAUCAACCCGGAAACCAACGCUACCUAUGCAUCUGGAGACCUUUUGAAACGCCCUAAACUCGCCAAGACCCUGGAAAGACUUGGAAACUCUCCAAACCCUGUGCAACUCUUCUACAAUGGGGAAAUGGCUAAAACUAUGGCGAAAGAGUUCCAAGAGGGUGGUGGCCUUAUCACAGAGAAAGAUCUGGCUGACUAUAAAGUUAGAGAGUAUGUGAAUUCCAACUCAAAUGAUCACUUCCGCGGUACACUGACAAUGUGCGGAGGACCACCGCCAAGCAGUUUUGGAGUCACGCAGUUGAUUGUGUCGGUCAUGAGCAAACUCUUCCCGGAAGGCCACCACGAUGAUAUCUACAACAACCCAAAAGUUCUUCACAAAUACAUCGAAGCCAUGAAGUUUGCCUACGCUCAACGUACCCUUCUUGGAGAUCACGAUUUCGUGAAAGGAGCUCUGGAACUUUCUAAGAAUUUGACGACUCCAGAGUACACACAAUGGGUUAUCGAUAGAAUGGCUGAGAAAGCGCAACCAUCGAAAAAUUAUGGAGGUAUUGCACAAUAUGUGAAACCGGAUCAUGGAACUAGUCAUGUCUCUGCGAUGGAUCAGUAUGGAAAUGGAGUUUCAGUAACAACGACUAUUAAUCGGUGGUUCGGUGCAGCAGUCGAAUCUACAGAGUACGGUAUUCUUUGGAAUGAUGAGAUGGAUGACUUCAGUACACCUGGCAUGGAGAAUGGAUUUGGAUUCGCUCCAUCUGAAACUAAUUUCAUCGAACCUGGCAAAAGACCGAUGAGUAGUAUGUCUCCAAUGGUUAUUUUCGACCAUGUCAGCAAGAAAGUCAGAAUGGUUAUUGGUGGAUCAGGAGGAUCAAAGAUUAUUUCCGCGUUGGCUAAGUCAAUCGUCCGCUCCCUCAUCUUCCACGAUUCAAUCAAAAAAGCGAUUGACGCUCCAAUGAUUCACAACCAGUUCACACCAGACGUCACUCAACUCGACGAUGAGUUUCCGGAGAACAUGAAGAAAAUUCUGGAGACAGAAUAUCUCCAAAAGUUCAGAAAUACCACUGGAUUUGAAGGUAUCAUUCAAGGAGUGAAUGUACUGGAAGAUGGAAUAUAUGCUUGUGGAGACUAUAGGAGGAAGACCGACCAGGAGCCAGCUGGAUUUUAA